AUGGAAGCAGCGACAAAACAAAGCGUUACAAAUCGUGCUUCUCGCCGUGAAAUCAGCUUCUGGCAAGACUUACAGCCAAUUAGCGGCGGAGACAGCGCGAUGAUGUCUCCGCCGUGGAGAUCCUAUGAUCCCAACCUCAUCCAAGAACCCACCAUCUACAGGUUGAAUGAAGCAGUGAUGCAUUUAGGUGAGAGUAUAAAGGAGAUUAUCAACGAAGAUUUCGGCGAUGGCAUCAUGUCGGCGAUAGACUUCUAUUGUUCUGUGGACAAAAUUAAAGGAGUGGAUGGUAAUAAGCGUGUCGUCGUGACACUUGAUGGGAAGUAUUUGUCACAUUCCGAACAUAGGAAGGAGAAUAUGGUCUCAAGGUUAAAUCUCCGGGGAAGUAAAAGCGAGUAA